UCUUAACCGUGCAUAACAGCAAAGAAUAAAACCAGUACGUUCGCCGUUACAUAACGUCUACUAUGCUCCGACUUCAAUUGGUCGGUCACGUGAUUGGCAGGAGAUUAUGUGACCGUUAAAACGAGAGAGAGAAGAACGAAGCCUCUGUUCUCCCUCCAAAAAAUGAGAAACAAUUACAGCUACCUGUUAAAACUUCAUCUGAAAAACAUUCAAAAAUCAACGAAAAAACAAGCCUUUAGUUUCUCCACAUUAGCCUUAGCUCUUCUUCUACCAAAAGACCCAUAUUUUUUCCCGACAAAUCCCCAGCUCAAAAGGCGCCAAUUCGCUGACCUCCUUCAAAAACUACCUUCCCAAGCCAACCACACUGCACAUUACAAAAGAAUCCAGGCCCAAAUUAUUGUGUCUGGGUUUGAAUCUGACACUUUUCUUACAAACAUUCUCUUAAAUCUUUACUCGAGAUGUGAUAAUUUACGUGACGCGAGUAAACUGUUCGAUGAAAUGCCUGAAAAAAACUUGGUUUCUUGGUCCACAAUGGUUUCUAUGUAUACCCGACAUGGGUAUAGUGAAGCGUUGAUUUUGUUUUUGGGUUUUCGAAGAAGUUGUAAUAAGAGUCCAAAUGAGUAUAUUUUGGCUAGUGUUAUUCGAGCUUGUAUGCAGUUGGGGGAUGGAGGUGAAAUGGGAGUUCAGAUUCAUGAUUUUGUUUUCAAGAGUGGGUUUGAUCAAGAUGUUUUUGUGGGGACUUCAUUGGUUGAUUUUUACAUGAAAAGUGGGUGUAUAGAUGAAGCGAGGUUGGUUUUUGAUGGUUUAAAGGGGAAAAAUGCGGUGACUUGGACGACCAUGAUUGCAGGGUAUGUGAAGAGUGGGAAGGGUGUGGUGGCACUGCAGUUGUUUAGACAAAGGAGAGAAACUGAUGUUGUGCCGGAUUGUUACGUGCUGUCUAGUAUUUUGAGUGCAUGUUCAGUGCUUGACUUUGUUCAAGGAGGAAAGCAGGUUCAUUGCCAUGUUUUGAGGAGGGGGGAAGAAAUGGAUGUUUCUGUCAUUAAUGUGCUAAUAGAUUUUUAUUGUAAGUGUGGUAAGGUAAAAGCUGCACGCAGGCUUUUUGAUGAAAUGGUGGCUAGAAACGUUAUUUCUUGGACUACAAUGAUUGCUGGCUACAUGCAAAAUUCAUUUGACAUGGAAGCUGUGAAUCUGUUUUCUGAGAUGACCAGAUUGGGUUGGAAGCCAGAUGGCUAUGCUUGCACUAGUGUUCUCACAUCAUGUGGUUCACUCGAGGCUCUGGAUCAGGGGAGACAAGUGCACGCUUACGCCAUCAAGGCCAAUCUUGAGUCUGAUGAUUUUGUGACAAAUGGUUUGAUUGAUAUGUAUGCAAAAUCCUGUUCAUUGAUUGAUGCAAGAAGAGUUUUUGACAUUAUGGGUGAUCAGAAUGUGGUCUCAUAUAAUGCGAUGAUUGAAGGAUACUCAAGUCAGGAGAAGCUAUCUGAAGCAUUGGACCUUUUCCGCAACAUGAGAUUCAGGUCACUCCCACCAAGCCUUUUAACUUUUGUUAGCCUUCUUGGUGCAUCGGCUGCAUUAUUUACCAUAGAACUGAGCCAGCAGAUUCAUUCGCUUAUCAUCAAAUUCGGGGUAUCUCUGGACUUAUUUGUUGGAAGUUCUCUGAUAGAUGUUUAUUCAAAAUGUUCAUAUGUUAAAGAUGCAAGACUUAUAUUUGAGGAGAUGAACAAGAAAGAUAUUGUUGUUUGGAAUGCAUUGUUUUUUGGCUAUGCACAACAGUUGGAAAAUGAAGAGGCCCUGAAACUCUUCUCACAAUUACAACUAUCAAAACAAAAACCUAAUGAAUUCACUUUUGCUGCCUUAAUGACUGCUUCGAGUAAUCUAGUAAGUCUCCAACAUGGUCAACAGUUCCACACUCAGUUGAUAAAACAUGGUUUGGACUCUGAUCCCUUUCUUACAAAUGCCAUCAUUGAUAUGUAUGCUAAAUGCGGAAGCUUUGAAGAUGCUCAUAAAACAUUUAAUACCACUAUUUGGAGGGACGUGGUGUGUUGGAAUUCCAUGAUCUCAACAUAUGCGCAUCAUGGAGAAGCUGAAGGCGCUCUUCAGAUAUUUGAAAGAAUGCUGAAAGAAGGAAUGAAACCCAAUUAUGUGACAUUUGUUGGUCUGCUCUCAGCCUGUGUGCAUGCAGGGUUUGUAGAGCUUGGGCUCUAUCACUUUGAGUCAAUGCCUACAUUUGGGGUUGAACCUGGGAUAGAACAUUAUGCUUGUGUGGUAUCUCUGUUGGGCCAUGCUGGUAAAUUAUAUGAAGCAAAGGCCUUAAUUGAGACAAUACCAAUAAAACCAGCUGCAGUGUUAUGGAGGACCUUACUUAGUGCAUGUAGGAUUGCUGGCAAUGUUGAAUUAGGGAAAUAUGCAGCAGAAAGGGCAAUUUCAAUUGAUCCAAUGGAUAGUGGUUCAUAUACUUUACUUUCAAAUAUUUUUGCAUCUAAAGGAAUGUGGGCAGAUGUUAAGAGGGUGAGGGAGAGAAUGGACUUAGAAGGUGUCCUUAAAGAACCUGGGUGUAGUUGGAUUGAAGUUAAUAAUGGAACUAAUGUCUUUAUUGCAAGGGAUAGAACUCAUAAUGAGUCCAAUUUCAUAUAUUUAGUUUUGGACAAUUUGAUUAUGCAUAUUAAGGGUGCUGGAUAUGUGCCUGACAUUGCCACACUCCUGAUAAAUGAUUGAGAUCCUCAAAGUUCUUUGUUAUGCGGCUCAUCCUAAAUAUCAAGCUUAAAGGGAUAUCCAUAUUAAGUGUGCUGGAUAUGUGCCUCAUACUGCCAAACUCCUCCUGAUACAGAAUUCAGAUGACGUGGCGCCAACAGUGUAGCUGACAAACUUUGAAGCUCGUUGUUGUGCAACUCAUGCUAAAUACAGAGCUUAAAGGGACAUUAAGCAGACGACCGGGCUUUAGCAUCGUCUGGUCAUUCAGACUUGAUCAUAUUAGGAAGCUUAAUACUAGUAUUCAGUUUUUAGAUGCUCGGUUACAUUGUAAAUAUUUUUUUAAUAGAAGAAGUCACGGUUUGGAGAUAAAGAAAGGAAUUGCAAGUGUUGAUAUUCAAAUUUCAAAUUUGCUAAAUGUCAUCUUUUAAAGAUUAUAUUAUAAAUAUUAAUUGUAGAUUUUUAGUAAUAGUUAAUC